UCUUGCAGAUCGAUCCCGUCACUGCACAGGGGUUUUGGAUCUAGCUAACUAACGGUACUCCUCGUAACCCAGGGAGCAUGUGAAAACAAGGCGUAGGCUACCAGAGAUAUGCUAUUAGCAAUGUCACUUCCGAGAUGUGUUAUCCCAACGAGCUAACUUCAAAACCAAUUAACUCUCAUUGCGUGGACAAAAGUGACGGCUCAAAGGACAGAGGACUCUGGGCAGGUAUGUCUCACCGGCCCUGGGUGCUGCUGCUGCUGCUCCUGUCUCCGGGUCUGUUGGGACUCGAGCCCCCGGGGGCCGAGGCGGACCCGGCAACGUCCCCGAGUGCUGCCAACACUUUAGUCUGGGGACCCGGACUCGAAGCGGACGUCGUGCUUCCGGCCCGGUUCUUCUUCGUGCAGGCGGUGGACGGCUCCGGGACAAAUUUAACGACGUCACCUGGCGAGCAGACGUAUGAAGUGAAGAUCGUGUCUCCAGCGGAGGAGUUUGCCAGAAUUUGGAUCCAGGUCCUCGAUCGCCGCGAUGGCUCCUUCCUGGUCCGCUACAGAAUGUACGCCACCUACACGGACCUCCACAUAAACGUUCUGCUCAAGAACAAGCAUGUGGCCAAGUCACCGUUCAUUCUCAAAGGCCCAGUUUACCACGAAGGCUGCGACUGUCCCCAGCCAAGUGGUUCUGUCUGGGAGGCCCACAUGCACUGUCCUCAGUCCUUCCCUCAGAUAGACAGGGACCUGUCCCUCUACUCAAGUGUGGACCUGGAUCUUAAUGCGCAGGAGAUCCCGCAGCGCUUCGGGCAGAGGCAGAGCCUCUGCCACUACACUGUUAAAGACAACCGGGUCUACGUGAAAACCUUUGGAGAGCAUGUGGGCUUCAGAAUCUUCAUGGAUGCCAUCCUCUUGUCCCUCACCAGAAAGGUGCAGCUCUCUGAUGUGGAGUUCUUUGUUAACCUGGGCGACUGGCCGCUGGAGAAGAGGAAACCCACCGAGAGGCUUCACCCCAUCUUCUCCUGGUGUGGCUCUAACAAUACCAGGGACAUUGUCAUGCCCACCUACGACCUUACCGAGUCUGUCCUCGAGACCAUGGGAAGAGUGAGCCUGGACAUGCUGUCAGUGCAGGCCAACACGGGGCCCCCGUGGCCGGAGAAGAACGCCACGGCCUUCUGGAGGGGCCGGGACAGUCGGCAGGAACGCCUGGAGCUGGUCAAGCUUUCCAGGGCUCACCCCGACCAGAUAGAUGCUGCCUUCACCAACUUCUUCUUCUUCAAACACGACGAGAGCCUCUUUGGGCCGCUCGUCAAACACGUCUCUUUCUUUGACUUUUUCAAGUACAAGUACCAGAUAAACAUUGACGGCACUGUGGCAGCGUACCGGCUGCCUUACCUCCUGGCAGGAGACAGCGUGGUCUUAAAGCAGGACUCUGGCUACUACGAGCACUUCUACAACGAGCUUCGCCCGUGGGAGCACUACAUCCCGGUCAGAGCGGACCUGGGAGACCUGCUGGAGAAGAUCCAGUGGGCUCGUGACCACGACGCAGAGAGCAAGAGAAUUGCACAGGCGGGUCAGCAGUUUGCUCGCAAUCAUCUUAUGGGAAACAACAUAUUUUGUUACUACUACAAACUUUUCCAGGACUACGCCAAACUCCAGGUCACACAGCCCCAAAUUCGAGAAGGCAUGGAGCUUGUGGAGCAGCCCAGCGAUGACCUGUUUCCAUGUUCCUGCCACAGGACGAAGGGAAAGGAUGAACUCUGAUUGACCUGUGAUCCAGAUCCAGAACAAUCCUCCAUAUCUAUACAGCCAAAUAAUGUUUUAGAAUGUUUAUUAAUUGUAUGACUAGGAUUAUCACAUCUCAUUUUUUUUAAAUAAAUAUUUUUUGUAUGUUAAAA